AUGCCCCGACUCGUGCGCCGCCAACCGCUCUUCGAGCGCAUCAAGGCCUACCUGAAUCCCUUGGAUUUCCUCCUCUGGGUGUCCGAAGAAAUCGACUCGAGCGACUGGGAUCAGCUCGAGAAGGACUGGGCUGUGCCUCUGGGCAUCGGCCUCAAUGUCGUCUUUCUGAUUGCGCGAGCGAACAGCGGGAGGAGAGUCAGUCGUGCGGAAGAUGAUAUUUUCGGCGACGACAGCGGCGGGGUGUCGUGGGUAAACUGGUUUGUUGCCUCGCCUCCAAUGUCCUCCUCUCCACUACGAUACCUCUCUAACGUCCUGUCGGGCGAGACUGCGGAAUCGCGGAGGCAUCCGGAUCCCCAACGCGAUGUCUGGGAAAUCGCUGUGUGGGAUCCCUUCCCGCUAUCACUGCGUCUGUUCUGCUCGUUCAGCCCCGGCCACAUCCUCAUCUACUGGCUAUUUCUCCCGAUCCUGCCGUCUGAUCCUCGACCCAGUGUAACAGUAGUCACAACCAUCGUUCUGGUGACUCUCCUGACCGUUCAGAUGUCCUUUCUGUCCUCCUCGUUCGCUCGUCAAGCCAAAGACAACACUCUGGUGCACAAGGAGGUGCUGCACGAAUACGAUACGAAAUUUGUUCAACCCCGCAUGCAUCCGCUCAUGCGGGAUGUAGGGGUCCAAUUCUCCGAAGAACACGCUCAUCACCCCGGUUCUGACAUGAAGUACAACGAGGUUGAGCUCCACACCCCUACGCAUGUCAUCAACCGCGGUUUCAAGACGAGUCCCAAUCCCAAUUACAUCGGCCAUGUCGACCCUGACUCCGCGUCCAAGCCGAUCUUUUCCCCCACACGGCGGCAAUCGUUUUUUAUGCCGUCCCCAGGACCAGCGCAGCAAUCCGGGACUCAAACCCCUAGUCAUCUGCGUGAUUCCUCACCCCUUGUCCAAGCUCCGGGAUCCAUUCGACAACCCCAGUUCAGGCCGCCUACGACCGGUUCAGGAGAUGGCGGCAGUCUUGGUGUCUAUUCGCACGCCAAUUCGCCGUUAAGAAAAUCGGCGUCAGUGAACUUUGACUCCCGAAAUCAACACACGGGAGACUUUAACUUCCGUGACAGGAUUUCUAGCCCUGUCAAGAGACAGUCGAGUCCUUUGAAAAGGAGUAGUGUUCCAGGAGGAGUGAGCCCUGCGGCAGUGGCACAGAGAUGGAACAAUCUGUCCGCUGACGUGCGCGACAACCGCCGUGACAGUGGACGAUUCUAG